GAAGCUCCGCCUCUCAGCCCGGUCGCCAUGGAGACGGCCGACAUCGUGGUGGUGGCGCUCUACCUCCUACUGGUCAUGGUUGUCGGCAUCUGGGCGUCCGUCAAGUCCAACAGCAACACGGUGGGCGGGUACUUCCUUGCCGGACGAUCCGUAUCAUGGUGGCCUAUCGGUGCGUCUCUGAUGUCCAGCAACAUCGGAAGCGGCGCGUUCAUCGGCUUGGCGGGAACCGGAGCGGCGGGCGGCAUCGCCGUGGGCGGCUUCGAGUUAAAUGCGGCGUGGGUGCUAGUGGCGCUGGGUUGGAUCUUCGUACCGGUGUACGUUGCCGCCGGAGUGGUGACAAUGCCCGAGUACCUGGCCAAGCGCUUCGGCGGACGUCGCAUCCAGAUGUACAUGUCCGUCCUCUCUCUCGUCCUCUACAUCUUCACCAAACUUUCGACAGAUCUUUUCUCCGGAGCUUUAUUCAUCAAAGUUUCAUUCGGAUGGAAUCUCUACGCCUCCAUUGCGGCUCUUCUGCUGGUCACGUGCGUGUACACCGUGGCGGGAGGUUUAUCGGCUGUCAUCUACACGGACGCCUUCCAGACCGUCGUCAUGGUGGGAGGAGCCUUCACGCUCAUGUUCAUCGCGUUCUCCCGAGUGGGCUGGUACGAGGGUCUGACGGAGGCUUACGCGGCAUCCGUUCCCGCCGCGACCGUGCCCAACAGCACCUGUCACCUGCCCCGACACGACGCCUUCCACAUGUUUCGAGACCCCGUGUCGUCGGACUUGCCCUGGCCGGGACUCAUCUUCGGACUGACCGUCAUCGCCACCUGGGUCUGGUGUACUGACCAGGUGAUCGUUCAGAGGUCCCUGGCCGCCCGUUCCCUGAGUCACGCCAAAGGAGGAAGCGUCUUAGGGGGUUACCUGAAAAUAUUACCCAUGUUUUUCAUCGUCAUGCCGGGCAUGAUCAGCAGAGCGCUCUUCCCAGAUGAGGUGGCUUGCGUGGAUCCGGUCGUUUGUCAACGCGUGUGCGGAACUCCGGUGGGCUGCUCCAACAUCGCCUACCCUAAAUUGGUGGUGGAGCUCAUGCCAGUUGGCGUGCGCGGGUUAAUGCUGGCGGUGAUGUUCGCCAGUCUGCUGUCGUCGCUGACGUCCAUCUUCAACAGCAGCUCCACCAUUUUCACGUUGGACCUGUACCGCCAAGCCCGCCCCGCCGCCUCCGAGAUGGAGCUCAUGAUCGUCGGCAGGGUGUUUGUGCUGGUGCUGGUGGCGAUCAGCAUCCUGUGGAUUCCUAUCAUCCAAUCGGCGAACAGCGGCAAACUGUUUGAGUACGCCCAAUCGGUGGUGAGCUUCCUGGCUCCGCCCGUCACCGCCGUCUUCAUCUUGGCCAUUUUUUGGCCGCGGACCAACGAGCAAGGUGCAUUCUGGGGCCUGAUGGCGGGCCUGGUGGUGGGCCUGAUUCGGAUGAUUCUGGAGUUCUCCUACGAGGUCCCGGCGUGCGGCGAGCCGGACCUCCGCCCGGCGCUCUUGGUUCGGGUCCACUACCUUUACUUCGCCAUCCUCCUGAUGGCGCUCAGCUGCUUAGUGAUCGUCGCGGUCAGCUUGGCCACGCCGGCCAUUCCCGCCACGCACUUGCACAGAUUGACGUGGUGGUCACGACACAGCAAGUUGCCACGCGUGGAUCUGAGGGCGGACGCUCCGCUGCGCCGUGACUCCGACUCGGAUCCCCCCGCGCUCUUGCCCGCCCCCUGGUGGCGACGGGCGCUUUUGCGUCUGUGCGGCCUGAACGGCGCUUCCUCCGGCGUUCCCGUCAACCGCGUCGGCACUAACCUCAACUCCCUGAGGGAGGCGCCGCUCUGGAGGAACGUUUGCAACGCCAACGCUUUGCUGCUGCUGGCCAUCAACGUCUUCCUCUGGGGCUACUACGCGUAA